AUCUAGUUCCUCGGAGGCUGCGAAACCGAGCGUGUGUCUGUGCUUAAUUUCUUAUUUCUUCCCGAAGUUUGCCGCUUAUUUUUGUUGUUUAUUUCUCCCUAAAGUUGCUAUCCAACGAGAAUAUUAAAUUAACAAUAUAAAAUUUUUAAAUUUCCCGCGUAAAAUACGUGUGAAGAAGUGAAGUUACAAGGAAUUGAUUGUGAAUCAUGUGAUUUGAAACUUAGGAUCAAAAAGCGAAAGAAGAAUGAAUUCCGCAACGCAUUGGGUGUGUAUAGUAGCCGUGCUGGGGUUCACUGCAAAAACAGAUGCGUCAAUAGCAAACGAUACUCAUAGAGUAAUAUCUUGCGAUGAGGCUAAAUUGAAGUGUGGAUACAGAAAAGGAUGUGGCGGUGCUUUGCAGCGGUAUUUAACGAGCUGCGCUGGUAUUUAUCAAGACGAAGAAGACAGGAAUUGUCCUGAGCAAUGUCAGCUAGACCUUAUUUCGCUCACCAGCACGGACGAGGGUAAAGACCUCAUGAAUUGUCGAUGUACCAAAGAGGAUUUUAUGUGUAUAGACUCCAAGCAGAGAGUUGAGGUCUGCAGGGAAUCAAUUAAUAGACUAAUGAAUAAUACAAGACUUAGUUGUAAAAUAGCCACUGGCAUUUGUAAUGCCGAUACACUUUGUUUUACUGCACUGCAAUAUUACCACAAACAUUGUAAACAUAUGUUCAAUGGAAGAAGAUGUACGCAUCGGUGUAGAAAUUCGUUGAAUAUCCUCCUGAGACAGGAUAAAGCUGCGAGUUUAAAAACGUGUGUGUGUGACGGCCGUGAGGAUUACGAUUGCCGUGGCGUACAUCGUAAUAUGCACAUACUGUGUUUUAACAAAACAGAAGAAGAAUACUCACAAAUACUGCUAGAGCAAUAUCCAGACACGUAUACUAACGAAGUCGGAGGAGACGUUAAUUCCGGCGAGUCGAUUUACUUUAGAGCAACUUACAUUAUUCUAAUUGCUCUUUUAAUCCUCUUAAAAGUUUACUUCUGUUACAGACUGAUGAUUCACUGCAAUGAUAAGAAAGCAAAGAAGAAAAAAAAUACAAACAGUAUUCAGUACGUGAAUGACCAAAGAUCCUAAAUAUUUUUAAAAAUCCGUGGAUAUAUUGUGGGCUGUAAGCUGUAACAGACCGGAAAAUAAAUAAUAUAAUGAAAAAUUUUAAUGAAAUAAAA